AUGGUGACGAUCACGCACGCUACGACGAGGGAUGUGAGGUUUCCUACCUCCCUCGACAAAACCGGCAGCGAUGCCAUGAACGCCGCAGGCGACUACUCGGCCGCCUACUGCAUCCUCCACACCGACUCCGAGUUCAGCGGCCACGGCAUGACCUUCACGAUCGGGCGCGGCAACGAGAUCGUCUGCCAGGCGAUCAGCGCCCUCGCGGACCGAGUCAAAGGCAAGAAGCUGGAAGAUCUGGUGGCGGAUUGGGGACAGACGUGGAGAUAUCUCGUAUCAGACUCACAUCUGCGGUGGAUAGGGCCGGAGAAGGGGGUGAUACAUCUUGCGUUGGGGAGUUUGGUGAAUGCUAUCUGGGAUCUGUGGGCGAAGACGCUGGGAAAGCCGGUGUGGAGGAUCGUGGCGGAGAUGAGCCCGGAGGAGUUUGUGAGGUGUAUUGAUUUCAGGUAUAUCACGGAUGCGAUCACGCCUGAGGAGGCGGUUGAGCUGUUGAAGGGGUUGGAGCCGGGGAAGGCGGAGAGGAUCAAGGAGGCUGAGAACAAUAGGGCGGUGCCUGCUUAUACGACUUCUGCGGGUUGGUUAGGCUAUGGGGAGGAGAAGAUGAAGGCCCUGCUGCAGGAGACAGUCGACCAGGGCUAUCGCCAUUUCAAGCUCAAAGUCGGCACGAGCAUCGAGCAAGACAAGCAACGCCUCGCCAUCGCCCGCAGCGUCAUCGGCUACGACAAAGGCAACGUGCUCAUGGUCGACGCCAACCAAGUCUGGAGCGUCCCCGAAGCCAUCGAAUACAUGAAGCACCUCGCCGAGUUCAAGCCCUGGUUCAUCGAGGAGCCCACCUCGCCCGACGACGUGUUCGGGCACAAAGCCAUCCGAGACGCCCUCAGACCCUACGGCAUCGGCGUCGCCACCGGCGAGAUGUGCCAGAACCGCGUCAUCUUCAAACAACUCAUCGUGCAGGGCGCCAUCGACGUCUGCCAGAUCGACGCCUGCCGCAUGGGCGGCGUGAACGAAGUCCUCGCCGUGCUCCUCAUCGCGAAGAAAUACGGCGUGCCCAUCGUUCCCCAUUCAGGGGGCGUAGGCCUGCCGGAGUACACACAGCAUUUAAGCACGAUUGAUUAUGUUGUCGUGUCUGGCAAGCUUUCUGUGCUGGAGUACGUGGACCAUUUGCACGAGCACUUUUACAAUCCUUCGGUUAUCAAGGACGGGUACUAUACGACGCCUACGCAGCCGGGGUAUUCGGUGGAGAUGAAGCCCGAGUCGAUGGAUCGGUUUGAGUUUCCUGGGAAGGAGGGCGUGAGUUGGUGGAGGAGUGAGGAGGCGAGGCCGAUUUUGCUGGGGGAGAGGAUAUAG